AUGCCCCCACCUCCACUCCCUCCACCAAACAGACUCAAUGAGCACGCCAGAGCGAACGUGGCGACGGCGCCGAAAAAGCGCAAGCCUCGGCAAGAGAUCUCGGCUUGUUUAAAAUGGAUCUCCUUUAUGUUCAACUUUCUAUUCGUGUGGGUCGGAGUCUCAUUGCUCGCGCUUGGGAUCUACCUUCACGUGAAGGACCCGAGACCAAUCGUUGAAUGGAUCGACAUCGUUCUCAAUCCCGCCAUUUUCAUUGCUCUUCUAGGUUUUCUCGUUGGUUUUAUCUCUUUACUUGGAGCUCUCGGUGCUCUUCGAGACAAUAUUUCUUUGCUCAAAAUCUUUGCCAUUUGCGUCUUCUUCUGCUAUAUUUGCAUUGUGGUGCUUACUUUUGGAACUUUCGUUCUUUUCUUCACCGACACAUCUGACGGUGUUUCUGCUCAUUCGAUCAUGAUGCAAUCGGUGAAGAAAUACCAUUCUAAUAGAAAUCUUGCCGAUUUUGUCGACUAUGUGCAAGAGCAGAUGGAAUGUUGUGGUGUCUCGUCGAUCUCAGCCGGUUAUCGAGAUUGGGCUUUGUCUCCACAGUUCAAUUGCACUCCCUCGAAUCCAUAUCCGGAAAAAUGUGGAGUCCCGUUUUCCUGUUGCCGCAAAUCGGUCAUCUCAGAAGCGGCUGGAUCGACAAAUCCCCUUCAACCAGCGAUGAGAUCAUUGGAAUGUUGGAGAAACGCGUUGACUAAAAGACCUCCCGAUAUCGAAGCCGAUAUCCACACUCGAGGCUGCGUUCAACCAUUGAGAACCCUCUUUGAGACUCACGCCGUUCAUAUUGGCGCCGUUGUCGCAGUGAUUCUUCUUCCUGUGUCAUUGUCUGUCUGUCUCACGAACAUUCUCGCUCGUCAAAUCGAUCAUCAACGAUUUUUGCUCGAACGAGAAGCACGACGAAAUGAGCGACGAGUGAAGAGAGAUCGACGAGAUAGAAGAAAACAAUCGAGAGAUCCAUUCACCAGCCUCGAAGAGGGAAUUUAUCCACAGGGAGAGAUGGUACCUCCGUUGCCUAAAACCUCGCCUCCAACUCGACCACCAGAAGGACAUCGAAAACACCGAGCACAAAGCAAUUCGCCUACACGAAAAGUCUCAGCAAACGGCGUGCCAACAAAGAUCCCACCCCCGCCUGGCGCUCAAGUUAAACGAGUGAAAGACAAGCGACGCAAGAGUCAACCGCCAACAAUGAACGCUCCCGGGCCACAGGAGAGAACCCGGCAAUGGAUUCUCCAACAGACCGACAUCGUCAACCCAAACCCCGAUCCAUCGAAACUCCCUCAACCAAGUGCUCCGCCUCUAGUCCCCAAUUCUAGUAAACCGAAUGUC